UGCUACAGUCACACAGUUCCAAAGUAGUAUGUACAAACAUGGACAUUAAAAAGGCAGAAUCAGGUGGGCUGCUGAAAUGGUUUUGUGUGGGUGUUAUAGUUAUUGCCUUCAUUAUCAUUGAAUUUCAGCACUAUGGAAAAGGAUCUGAUCUGAGGAUCAUGUUGUUGGGUAAUACAGGAACAGGAAAGAGCUCCACAGGAAACACCAUUCUGGGCAGAGAUGCAUUCAGAGUAGACUUUUCACUUGAGCCAGUUACCUCAGAAUGUGAGGUCCAAAAAAGUAGAGCUUCCAGCGAUUACAUCACUGUGAUUGACACCCCAGGUCUCCUCAUGACAACUAGAACCCAAGAGAAGAUCCCACUCAAUGAAAAAAAUGAAGCAAUGAAGAGAUGUAUUUUGCUGUCGUCUCCUGGUCCUCAUGUGUUCCUGCUGGUGGUCAGACUGGGGAGAUUCACAGAGGAGGAGAGAAACGCUGCAGACUGGAUUCAGGAGAACGUUGGAGAAGAAGCUCUGAAGUUUACCAUGAUACUGUUCACUGGUGGAGAUUUGUUGGAGGGAAAACCCAUUGAAAACAUACUUAGCCAUAGUUCUGAACUUCAAUCAUUCAUGAGUAGUUUUGAAGGCAGGUAUCAUGUCUUCAACAACAAAGACAGACAAGACUCCUCACAGGUCACAGAGCUGAUGGAAAAGAUAGAAGCUUUGGUGGACAGAAAUGAAGGACAAUGCUACAACACAGACAGACAAGAAAAGAGCAGAGGAUCCACUGCAGUGGUAACUGUGAUUAUACUGGUGGCUGUUAGUGCCCUGUUCAGCCUUAUAGUUGAAGACAUUGGAAAGAUUGUGAGAAUGAAGAGAGCAAAAUAA